AUGAUUCUCGAGCGGCAGGGCCCCGGCUCUGGCUCACUGUUGGCCGCCGCCAUGGCCGCCGCCCACCGCCGCCGGGACGCGUUGUACACGGCCAACCCCACGCCCGCCCAAAUCGCCCAGCUCGACCUCGCCAGCAAGUCCUCCCUCGAAGCGCUGGUCACGGUCGUCUCCGCCGUCGCCAUGGCCCUCAUCACGUCCACCGUGGUCCUGCGCCUCACCGUGCGCCGCUACUCCGUCGGCCGCUUCUUCCUCGACGACUACCUCGUCAUCCUGGCCUCGGUCUUCACGCUCGUUGUCUGCUCGGUUGUCAUUGCCGCCACCAAGUACGGCCUCGGCCAGCACGUCUGGAACCUGGACCGGGCCACGAUCCUCGACCAGCUCAAGGUCUGCAUCCAGCUCAUGUUUGUCGCCAACAUCUUCUACGCGGCCGCCAUCGCCUUUACCAAGCUGUCCAUCAUCGCCUCCUACCUCCACAUCUUUGCGCCGCGCGGGCUCCUCAAGACCACGCUGUACGCGACCGCGUGCGUCACCGUCGGCCUCGGCCUGGCCUCGGUCCCGGCCACCAUCUUUGAGUGCAUCCCCGUCGCCGGCGCCUGGUCUCUCAACGACAGCGCCGCGCACUGCUACACCUUUGUCAACUUUUUGUACGCGAGCACCGCCAUCAACGUGACGACCGACCUGAUUCUGUGCCUUGUGCCCAUCCCGCUGUUCUGGCGCCUGCAGCUGCCGCGGCGCCAGAAAAUCGUCAUCUCCGUGCUCUUCCUCCUGGGCGGCUUCGCCUGCAUCGCCUCCAUCGUCCGCCUCGCCUACCUGCACGUCCUCUACGACCCCAUCGAUGUGACUCACGACCUCGUCUCGUCCGUCAUGUGGACCAUUGCCGAGUGCACCAUUGGCAUCGUCUGCGUCUCGCUGCCGCCCCUGCGCUCCCUCUUUGCCAAGUUCUGGCCCGGCGUCUUUGGCAAUGCCAGUCCGGCACGCAGCAGCACCAGCGCCGCGUUUGCCGCCGGCAAGUCGGCCAGGAUGUCGCCGCACCACCCCUACGCGCGCCAGUCGAGUGGCCAGUCGAGUGGCCAUGUCGACACGAUUGGCAGCCUCAGCGGCAGCGCCAACAGCAACAAGUCCGCCGACGCCAUGGCCAUGGCAUCCCUCCCGUCGGGACCUGCUCGCCAUGGCCGCCCUCCUCGGCACACCCACCACUCCCUGCAUUCGUCGUCCGACUGCGACGACAUCGACAUCGACGACGAUGACCUCAGUAGCCACGAGGAGGGCGGGCUGUCUCCGCCCAAACCGGCGGUCGUGAUCACGGCAGUCACUGCAGUCUCGGAUGGUCCCAACGACCCUGAAAAGCCGCCGCAGCGGCGGAGCGGCGAUGUCGAGAUGGGCGUCGUGCCGUCACCAGAACAGCAAACGUCUGUGUGGAAUCCACGACACGGCGGCUAG